ACACAGGAGUCCUGCUUGUGGGAGGGUCAGUCCAGGCUCACUUACCUCGGUUCCUGAAGCCUCUCACUCGCCUGUCAGUUACCUCUGUUUUGUUACGGACCAUUAUUUGAUUGCAGCCAUGCUGAAAAACUCAGAAGUGAGGCCAAAUCUGGUUCUGGAGAACUUUAUUGGAGGAAAGUUCGUCUCUUGCCAGCAGCAUAUAGAUUCUUAUGACCCGUCCACUGGAGAGGUGUAUUGCAAAGUACCGGACAGUGGGAAGGAAGAGGUGGAUGCUGCAGUGGCAGCAGCUAAAAACGCUUUUCCUCAAUGGUCGGCCUGCAGUCCCCAGCAGCGGGCAGACGUCCUGAACAAGCUGGCUGAUCUGAUUGAAGCCGACAUGGAGGAGUUUGUCCAAGCUGAAUCCAGAGACCAAGGUAAAACCAUAAUAUUUGCUCGAACCGUUGACAUUCCCCGAGCUGCGUACAACUUCCGCUUUUUUGCAUCUUCUGUGCUCCACCACACCACCGACUGCAGCCUGAUGGAUCACAUGGGCUGCCUGAACUACACCAUCCGUUGCCCAGUGGGAGUGGCUGGGUUGAUCAGUCCCUGGAACCUCCCCCUGUACCUGCUGACAUGGAAGAUUGCACCUGCAAUCGCGACAGGCAACACCGUGGUGGCCAAACCCAGCGAGAUGACAUCUGUGACGGCAUGGAUGAUGUGCAAGUUGAUGCAGCGAGCUGGUGUCCCUCCAGGUGUGGUCAAUAUCGUCUUUGGCACUGGUCUCAAAGCGGGUGAUGCUCUCGUUGGCCACCCUGACGUUCCACUGAUCUCCUUCACUGGUUCCACUAAAACUGCACAGAGGAUCACGGAGCGCAGCGCCCCCUUCUGCAAGAAGCUCUCGCUGGAGCUUGGAGGGAAAAACCCAGCUAUCAUCUUUGCUGAUGCAGACCUGGAUAAAUGCAUCGAGACCACCGUUCGCUCCAGCUUUUCCAAUCAGGGAGAAAUUUGUUUGUGUACCAGCAGAAUUUAUGUGGAGAAGAGUAUUUAUGUCGAGUUCCUGGAAAGAUUUGUGGCUGCUACUAAGAAGUGGAAAACUGGUGCUCCGUCUGAUCCCAGCAACAACAACGGGGCCCUCAUCAGUAAAGAGCACCUGGAGAAGGUGCGUAGCUUUGUUGCUGCCGCCAAAUCCGAAGGCGGCGUCAUUCAUUGUGGUGAAGGAGUCGACAAGCUGGACCUGCCUGAGCGCAACAAGUCCGGGUUCUUCAUGCCAGCCACAGUCAUCACAGGCAUAUCUGACACUUCCAGCAUCAUGCAGGAGGAGAUCUUCGGCCCUGUCACCUGCAUCAGCCCCUUCGACACAGAGGAUGAGGCUGUCUCCAGGGGCAACGGGGUGCGUUACGGUUUGGCUGCCACCGUGUGGUCCCGCGAUGUGGGGAGGGUUCACCGGGUGGCACAGCGGCUACAGGCGGGGCUGGUGUGGACCAACUGCUGGCUGGUGAGAGAUCUGAACCUGCCAUUUGGAGGAAUGAAGAGCUCUGGUGUGGGAAGGGAGGGAGGAAAGGAUUCUUAUCAUUUCUUCACAGAGGUAAAGAGCAUCACCAUCAAACACUGAUGGGUAAAAAUAAUGCUGUCAAUUCUAAGCAACUCUGUAUGAUUGAUAAGAACAGACACCGCCUGUACUUACAUUUGUAAAACACAAUCCAGCCAGAAUGUCUAAUAAAGCAGAAAAAUGAUCUGAAAGCCUCA